GGCACGGGAAAAUCCAAGCUGGCGCUGCAGCUGGGCCAGCAGCUUGGCGGCGAGAUCGUCAGCGCCGACUCCAUGCAGGUAAACCUCAUCCUUGCUUAAGUACUACCAUAUGAUUUUUCUGCUUCUCACAUCUGGGCUGCUGAGUAUUACUAGAGAAAAGUCAAGAAAUUGAGCUGAUUUUACCCACUACAAAUUGAUGGUAUAUGAGGGUCUAAAUAUCAUCACCAACAAGGUUUCCCCCCAAGAACAGAGACUCUGCCAGCACCAUAUGAUCAGCUUUGUGGAUCCCCUUGUGAUGAAUUACACUGUGGUGGACUUCAGGAACAAAGCAACUGCCCUAAUUGAAGAUAUAUUUGCUCGAGAGAAGAUCCCAAUUAUUGUGGGAGGUACUAAUUAUUAUAUUGAAUCCUUGCUCUGGAAAGUUCUGAUCAAUACCAAGGGAGAAGCUCUUUAUUCUUCAAAGGAAAUAUGUAAGGAAGAGAAAGUGACCGACAGAAAAAUGGAAUUGGAAAAAAUGGAUGGCCAUGAAUUGCAUUACCGGCUAAGCCAGGUGGACCCAGAAAUGGCAGCCAAACUGCACCCACAUGAUAAACGUAAAAUAGCUAGGAGUUUGCAAGUGUUUGAAGAAACAGGAAUCUCACAUAGUGAACUGCUCAGUCGUCAACAUGCAGAAGAAGGUGGGGGCCCCCUAGGAGGCCCCUUGAAGUUCUCUAACCCCUGUAUCUUCUGGUUACAUGCAGAUCAAGCAGUUCUAGACCAGCGCCUGGAUAAGAGAGUGGAUGAAAUGAUAGCUGCUGGGCUUUUAGAAGAGCUGAAGGAAUUUCACAGACGCUACAAUCAGGAGAAAGUUGCCGAGAAUUGUCAGAACUACCAACACGGCAUUUUUCAGUCCAUUGGCUUCAAGGAGUUCCAUGAAUACCUGAUCAGGGAUGACCAGUGUAAUCCAGAAACCAGUAAUCUCCUCCUUACAAAAGGUAUUGAGGCUCUAAAACAAGUGACCAAGAGAUAUGCUCGGAAACAAAACAAAUGGGUCAAAAACCGCUUCUUAAGUCGCCCUGGACCCAAUGUGCCCCCGAUUUAUGGUUUGGAGGUAACUGAUCCCUUAAAAUGGGAAGAGUCAGUUCUGGGACCUGCCCUGCAGAUUGUGGGAAGCUUCAUCCAGGGCAAGCAGCCUAUAGCCACUCCUAUAAGGAUGCAGUGUGAUGUAAACGAGAAUAAACGGAGUCAUCACAGAUGUGAACUGUGUGAUAGAAUCAUCAUUGGGGAUCGAGAAUGGGCAGCACAUACAAGGUCCAAGUCGCAUCUAUAUCAGCUGAAGAAAAGAAGAAAAGUGGAUCCCGAUGCUGGUGCCUCCUCUCCAAGUCAAAGCCAUUUUCCAUUUGAGAAGCCCGUGGCCAGCCAGGGCACAGGCUGACUGAACUCACUGGCCAGAAAGCAGUGCCUAACCUGGGACAGGGAGGGAUGGCCAUGAGGAGCAAGCCCUUCUAGAAUCGAGUGGGCCCCUCUGGUCAGAAGAGUUUCAGAAUGGACUGUCUUCCAGCCCAGUCUGCUUAUGUCUGCCCUUCCAAAGGGGGCUGGUAACAGCCCUGAGAGGUGGGGGCAGGCCUGAAAGGGUUUGUAUUGUUACAGAGAAUCUUUUUUUAAAAAGAUACCAAGAACAUUUUCUUCACCUUUCACCAACUCUUUUGUGAAGCUGCCUCUGACUUUUAUCAGACAAAGACUGUCGCCUCCAAAGCAAAUGCUUGGCCAGGAUAGAAACUUGGAACCCCAGGCUUCCUAAUCAGGAAUGUUUAAAUGUUCAUUUAGUCACUCAACAAACAUUUGACCACUAUCUAUCUAUCUCUCUCUAUCUCUCUCUCUCUCUCUCUCUCUCCCCCCCUCUCCCCCUUAUAUAUAUAUAUGUGUGUAUGUAUGUAUAUAUCUUCAAGGCCCUUGAUUAUAGAAUUAUCUGAACCAGUUUCUGGUAUUUCAGCUGGGAACACUUGACCAUGGUGGUGAAAAUCAGGCUGGAAUCAGUGCAAUUAUAAACACAGAAAAGGAUAUUCACAUUUAUGAGACUUUGUCUAAUAAAAAUUGUUUCAUUAUCUA